GGGAACAGACUCUGGCCAGGCUGCUGGACAUUGAGGAGGCUGUGCACAAGGCUCUCAGCUCCAUGUCCAACCUCCAGUCUGAGACCAACAUCAGAGGCCAUGCCCCAGGACCUCCGCAGGCCCACAGUGCCUGCAAGAUUGGUGACACAGACAGAAGAAGCCAGACCUAACUGCUCAGGCCAGGAGGUCAGAGGGCAAACUGCAGUCAAGAACCAAACCCAAGCUACAAGCCAUUCUGAGAUCCAGAGUCAGGCCAAGGUCAGAAAUCACAUAGAGGCCAGAGGUCAAGCAGCCUCAAUCAUCCCUUCUACCAGGAGGCCAGAGACACUGAAAGAAGACCCAGGCCUCCCUGGAGUCUUGCCUUCUGGAAGAGAUCCAUCUUGCUCCCCAACAUUCAUCUUUAUUGAGUCAGCCGCAAGGAUGCUUCCAGAGGCUCCCAGCCCCACAGGCAUCCUUGAUGUCUCAGUGAAAAGCACUCACCUGACACAGGAAGUGGGCCAGGCCAGGCCCCACCAGAAAGGUCUCCAGGACAAGGCUGGAAAGGAGGAGGUCACCCAGCGGUCUGGGCAGCCCGAGCCUGCCCCUGCCUCAGCAAGUGCCCUGCCCACUGGGCAGCAGAAGAGUGUUCUGGAGCUGCAGACUGGACCCAGUGGCUCUCAGUGCUACAGAGCCACAAGAACGGCUACUCAGCAGUGUGAAGGGGUGGACACAUGCAGGAACCCAGUUCUCUCAUCUCCCACUGUGGUCACCGAGCAGGCAGAGCUGUCCAGGGGCCCAGGCCCCCACCUCGAGCUCCGUGCUUCCCCCUUGCUCCGGCAGUUCCUGCACAGCCCAGCCAGGCUCAGCAGAAGCCAGGAUGAUGCAGGCCCCCUAUGGCCACUCCCAGCCCGCAACCCAGUGAACCCCUCUGCCUCCACCACAGCCUCCCACCAGCACUGCCCUCCGGGGCCCGAGGUGGGCGCUGACCUCCCACACAUGUGAGGCAAGGACCAAGAAGAAAGGACAUCUUGCAGGACAUGUGAGCAGUUUCCCUUUCCUCAGUUCCAUCAGUAAGCCCAGCUCCUGCAAAAGGCGAGGAAGAAAGGUUGGGAUGAGGUCCACCCAGUAGCCCGGGCAUGGGAGAAGCAUGGCUGCCAGCAGCAGCUGGUGGAGGAUGGAACAUACACAGACACACAUGCUCCUCGCACAGGCCUAGCCCACAGGCUGAGCCUAAGAGGAGCCCCCUUGGGACUGGAGGGACCCUCUCCUCUCAGCCUUUAUUUCUUUUGUUAUGAGUCAAAAUGUUCUCAGUCACCAGCUCCUUAACUCUUGGAGAGGACAGGGCCAACUGGACAGCAGGAUUGGUCUCUCUUGGGAUUGGUCUGAAGGCUCCAGAAGGGCCCUGCUGCAGCCCCUUCAUCACUAUCUCCACCAUUCAGCAGGUCAGUCUGGCAGCCCAAAGUUCCCACGGAAAAGCUCAGAAUUGAUUCAUGUCCCUAAAGCCAAGGAUACUGCCUCCCCACCCCCACUGCCCUUCACUCUGCACCCCAAAUGGAAGGAUACAGUCUAAAUAAACCCAAGUUUUAUU